CUUUACAUUCUGCUUCACUCACUUCUGCCUCCUGCGCCAGACCACGCAUCUCCCCAGACCCAGAGGAUCCGGAACUGUAGUCGGCUAUUGGACCAAGUACUUCACCAGCACCUGGUGCUUCCGCAGGCAUGGCAAGUGUGGAGCAGCGUGAGGGCAUCACCCAGGUGCAGGGCCAGGGCCUCUUCUUCCGAGAAACACUGCCAGGUGGUGGGCAGGCCGCUCGCUUCUCUGUGCUGUUGUUGCAUGGUAUCCGCUUCUCCUCUGAGACCUGGCAAAACCUGGGUACGCUGCACAGGUUGGCCGAAGCUGGUUACCGGGCUGUGGCCAUUGACUUGCCAGGUCUUGGACGCUCUAAGGAAGCAGCAGCCCCUGCCCCUAUUGGGGAGCUGGCCCCUGGCAGCUUCCUGGCAGCUGUGGUGGAUGCCUUGGAGCUGGGCCCUCCAGUUGUGAUCAGUCCAUCUUUAAGUGGCAUGUACUCUCUGCCCUUCCUCACGGUGCCUGGCUCCCAGCUUCGGGGCUACGUGCCAGUGGCUCCCAUCUGCACAGACAAAAUCAAUGCUGUCAGCUAUGCCAAUGUGAAGACGCCUGCUCUGAUUGUAUAUGGAGAUCAGGACCCCAUGGGCUCCACCAGCUUUGAACACCUGAAGCAGCUGCCCAACCACAGGGUGCUGGUCAUGGAGGGGGCAGGGCACCCCUGUUACCUGGACAAACCUGAGAGGUGGCAUACAGAGCUGCUGGACUUCCUGCAGGGGCUAGCAUGAGGCUCAGUACUGCUAUGGGUGGGCUACCUGCCUGCCUUGGGAUCUCUCUUUCUCCCUCUCUCUCCCUACUUCCGUGGACUCUGGCUUAUUAUGCACACGCAACAGGUGUGUCUCUUUAUGUCUACCUGAGUCCUUUUGGAGUCUGUCUGUCUUUUCUACUUCUUUCUCUUGUAGAGACAACACUGUGGAGGUAAAAUCAAGAGGAAAAAACUCAGAAAUGAUGGCAUGUAAUCUGGUGGAGGGCAAUCCAUGAGCUUCUCCAGGCUUUCCUGCUUGGCUCUGCCUUCCCCUCCACCUCCUUCAGCUGCCCUCCAGGCCAGUCAUCCCUCCCCUGCUCCUCUUAGACCACAGAUACAUAUACAUCCAUGUGCGUACUUGCACGUUUAGAGUCAUCUACCUUCUCAAAUAGGACGCGCACUUGGGGAGCAACCACACAGGUACAUGUGACGGGACUAACGUGCGUAUAUUUUCACAGUUUUUCAUUGCAUGCACAUGCAUAAGUGCUUCCGCAGCUUCAAGUGAACUUCAAACCAUGCAGCCCCUCACUGUCUGGGAAGGUGGUACCCCAUGGACCAGUCCUUGCAGGAGACUCGCUGGCCAGGCUUAGGGUGUGGCCGACUUUAGCUUCCACCCACUCAUCCACAGGUUGCAUCUAGUCCCAGCCCAGAACUGCCUCUCAGAACGGGAAGCCCACCCCUCUGCCUCUCAGAUCUCCUCCCGAUUUCCCUCCUUCCUUCUAGGGCUCCACACUUCUCCAGGUUAUCAAGCCGGGGCUUCUCAGCCAAGCUUGUUUCCUAUUCUGAGGUUUGGGGGGUGGGGAGACAGAUUGUG